AUGCCCCCGACGCCGUCGAGCGCGCGUCGAUGCGAGACCUUCGCCCUUCCUCCCCUGCGAUGCGAGCUCGCCCUCGUGCGAGACGUCCUCACCGCCCUCGUGCACACCAUCGCGUGGACCAGGGCGCUCGGGUGCGCGAGCGCGCGGGACGAGCGGUGCGAACGCAUCGACGUCCGGUACGUCACGUGCGGAGAAUCCGCGGUGGAGACGAAGAUCCGAGAGCGGUGCGACGCCGUGAUACAGUGGGCGCUGCGGAACCGAGGCGGGGAGGCGGAUGUGAGCGUGAGUUUCUACGAGAGCGAACGAAGCGACGGAGCGAGCGGGACGAGUCGAAGCGGCGUCAAGGGAGCGCUGACCGCGGCGAUCGGUGGAGUCAUGGGAGAGAGUAAGCGAACGGCGGUGUGUUGGGAACGAUGGCGGAUCGGGUUGGAGAUUUUCUUGGGGGAGGAGUUGGACGAGGACGAGCGCGCGCGGGCGAGAGACGCGUUGCGGGACCAAGUCGUCGGGACGCAGAGACACAUCUUGAGCUUGGUGAACGAGAUGAAGGCGCACGUACCGCCGGUAACGACGAGUGAUGUGGUGAGCUUUCCGUUCGAGAUCACGACCCCGAUCGCUCGGGAAGAUUCACCGGGGAGUUUCGGGAGAGACAUGUUGCGCAGAAUCGCGAGCCUCUCCUCGACGCCGCCGUCGAUGAUUUGA